GAGCCGGCCGUUGCUUUUUUUUUUUUUUUUCCUGCAAGCGAGAGGGGGGGUGUUGUUGGUAUCGCCCCCUCCUUCUCCUCCCCCCAGGGGUGAAAGUGCAAGAGGAAGUGCAGCCGCUGCCAUCUUUCCUCCGCGCCGCGCACACGGAGGCCGGGGCCGCAGCGCCGCGUCGUCGCAGGCUCCGCCGGCCGGGAAGGGCCGCUCCCGCCGCCGCCGCCGCCCGCCGCGCCCGCCGCCCGCGCCCGCCGCCGCCGCCGCCGCCCGCCGGGCCCCGGGACCGCCCGCGCCGCCGCCCCCGCGCGCGCCCGGCCGCCGCCGCCUUCGCCUUUUGUUUCCUCCGCGCCGGCGCCCCCGCCCCGGCUCGCGCUUUGCAGGGGACGCAGCGCGCGCCCCCAGCGGGCCCGGGAACAGCCGCGGCGCGCGCGCCUGCGCGGCCGCCCCGCCUCCGCCCCGCGCGCGCGCGCCUCUGCCGGCCGCGCGCCGGCGCCGCCUGGCGGCGGGAGGGGAGGUGGCAGGCGCGCCUGCCGGAGGGGCGCACCUCGGCGCUCGCGCCCCCCCCGCGAGGUAGACCGCGCGGCCGAGGCGGGCGGGCCGGGAGGAGAGAGGCGCGCCCGAUCUAGCCGGGGUGGGGGCAGCGAUGCGGGGGGUGCUGUGUUCUGUGGUCUAGACGGCCUGAUCCGGGCAGGGGGCGUGUGCGCUCGGCGCACCUGCGGGACUGUAGCGACCCGGGCCGGCACGUGUGGGGAGUGUGGGCGCGUCCGCUGCGCCCCGCUUCUCGUGGCCGGAGAGAAGGGAGGGGGGCGGGCAGGUGCCGCGGCCCGGCUUGUGGGGAGGGGGCGGCGGCCAUGGAGCGGGUGAACGACGCUUCGUGCGGCCCGUCGGGCUGCUACACCUACCAGGUGAGCAGGCACAGCACGGAGAUGCUGCACAACCUGAACCAGCAGCGCAAAAACGGCGGGCGCUUCUGCGACGUGCUCCUGCGGGUGGGCGACGAGAGCUUCCCCGCGCACCGCGCCGUGCUGGCCGCCUGCAGCGAGUACUUUGAGUCGGUGUUCAGCGCCCAGUUAGGCGACGGCGGAGCUGCCGACGGGGGUCCCGCCGACGUGGGGGGCGCCGCGGCGGCCCCGGGCGGCGGGGCCGGGGGCAGCCGGGAGCUGGAGAUGCACACUAUCAGCUCCAAAGUGUUCGGCGACAUUCUGGACUUCGCCUACACGUCCCGCAUCGUGGUUCGCUUGGAGAGCUUCCCGGAGCUCAUGACGGCCGCGAAGUUCCUGCUGAUGAGGUCGGUCAUUGAGAUCUGCCAGGAAGUCAUCAAACAGUCCAAUGUGCAGAUCCUGGUGCCCCCUGCCCGGGCCGACAUCAUGCUCUUUCGUCCCCCUGGGACUUCGGACUUGGGCUUUCCUUUGGACAUGACCAACGGGGCGGCCUUGGCUGCCAACAGCAAUGGCAUCGCAGGCAGCAUGCAGCCCGAGGAGGAGGCAGCCCGGGCGGCUGGUGCAACCAUUGCAGGCCAGGCUUCCCUGCCUGUGUUACCUGGGGUGGACCGCUUGCCCAUGGUGGCUGGACCCCUGUCCCCCCAACUGCUGACUUCCCCAUUCCCAAAUGUGGCAUCCAGUGCCCCUCCCCUGACUGGCAAGAGAGGCCGGGGUCGCCCAAGAAAGGCCAACCUGCUGGACUCAAUGUUCGGAUCCCCUGGGGGCCUGAGGGAGGCAGGCAUCCUUCCCUGCGGCCUGUGUGGGAAGGUGUUCACUGAUGCCAACCGGCUCCGCCAGCACGAGGCCCAGCACGGUGUCACCAGCCUGCAGCUGGGGUACAUCGACCUUCCUCCUCCAAGGCUGGGUGAGAAUGGGCUACCUAUCUCUGAGGACCCCGAUGGCCCCCGAAAGAGGAGUCGGACCAGGAAGCAGGUGGCAUGUGAGAUCUGCGGCAAGAUCUUCCGUGACGUGUAUCAUCUCAAUCGGCACAAGCUUUCCCACUCUGGGGAGAAGCCCUAUUCCUGCCCCGUGUGUGGGCUGCGGUUCAAGAGAAAAGAUCGUAUGUCCUACCAUGUGCGAUCCCAUGAUGGGUCCGUGGGCAAGCCCUACAUCUGCCAGAGCUGUGGGAAAGGCUUCUCCAGGCCUGAUCACUUGAAUGGACAUAUCAAGCAGGUUCACACUUCAGAACGGCCUCACAAGUGUCAGACCUGCAAUGCUUCUUUUGCCACCCGAGACCGCCUGCGCUCCCACCUGGCCUGUCAUGAAGACAAGGUGCCCUGCCAGGUGUGUGGGAAGUACUUGCGGGCAGCGUACAUGGCAGACCAUCUGAAGAAGCACAGCGAGGGGCCGAGCAACUUCUGCAGUAUCUGUAACCGAGGUUUCUCCUCUGCCUCCUACUUAAAGGUCCAUGUUAAAACCCACCACGGUGUUCCCCUUCCCCAGGUCUCCAGGCACCAGGAGCCCAUCCCGAAUGGGGGAGCAGCGUUCCACUGCGCCAGGACCUAUGGCAACAAAGAAGGCCAGAAAUGCUCACAUCAGGAUCCGAUUGAGAGCUCCGACUCCUAUGGUGACCUUUCGGACGCUAGCGACCUGAAGACGCCGGAGAAGCAGAGCACCAAUGGCUCCUUCUCCUGUGACAUGGCAGUCCCCAAAAACAAAAUGGAGUCUGACGGGGAAAAGAAGUACCCCUGCCCUGAAUGUGGGAGCUUCUUCCGCUCUAAGUCCUACUUGAACAAACACAUCCAGAAGGUGCAUGUCCGGGCCCUUGGGGGCCCCCUGGGGGACCUGGGUCCUGCCCUCGGCUCACCUUUCUCUCCCCAGCAGAACAUGUCUCUCCUCGAGUCCUUUGGGUUUCAGAUUGUUCAGUCGGCGUUUGCAUCGUCUUUAGUAGAUCCUGAGGUUGACCAGCAGCCCAUGGGGCCUGAGGGGAAGUGAGGCAAAUGCUGUGUCCCCACGGAAAUGACCAUCGGGGAUUGCUGAGAAAUGCUGUGAAUGCGGAGGGAAGUAAUGUCUUUGGGUUCUGUAGCUGAGAGAUUUUUAUUCGUUUUUAACUCCCCCCCCCAACGUUAUCACCCCACUCCCUCUCCACCACCCAUUCUGCACCCCUCCACCCCCAGUGGUCUUUAGAAAUAGAUUCUCAUCUGAUAUUCUGCAGAAAUAUCUCCAAGACCUGGUAUGGGACAAGGGCAGAAAACACUACAUAGGCCUACGAGGCAACACCAGUCUGGUUUUUCUAAAGGGCGGAAGCUGGAAUUCCUGGUGCUCAAUUCUUAGUGACCCGAAUCCCAAACCAGUGCCUGAUGGCAUCCUGGGGCCUCAGUGACUUUGGUCCCCUCCACUUCCCUACUUCCUUGUUUCCCCCUUCUCAUAGCCCUCAUAAGAAACCAGAAUAGGGUUUCUACCCACUUACACAAUGCUGAUGCCCAACUGUUGUUAAGGAAGCUGGAAGCCUACAGCAUCCACGGACCAUGGGUGAGUGUCCUCUGAGAGCCACCUGAGUUUGACCCUUGACCUAGAGGGCCCCAGACCUUCCUGAGCCCUGCCUGAAGACUAGCAUUUUGCUAUAAGGCAAACUCAGCUACAGAGGACACCCCCACCUCAGAUUCCAGUUCUUAUGUGAUUUUAACCAUUCAACUUGCUGUUGGGUUUUAAUUCUCUAAUUAUUAUUAUUAUUGUUAUUAUUUUUUAGGACCAGUUGUAGUGAAUUGCUACUGAAAGCUAUCCCAGGUGAUACAGAGCUCUUUGUAAACCGCAGUCACACAUUAGGGUUAGUAUUAAACUUUGUUUAGAUGUACCAUAAUUAACUUGGCUAGUUGAUUGUUUGAAGUCUAUGGAAGAAAUAGUUUUAUGCAGAAUUUUAAAAAUGCCAGUCUGAUCAGGGAGGUAGGGGGCUUCAAUGCUGUUGGGAGCCAGGAAGGUGUAGGGGAGCAGGAGGUGGAGACAUUGUGUGCCUCAGUUGUGUCACCUGGGAGCAAGCCCAGGCUGACCUCAUGAUGUGAAUUGAUCUGAUCAGACUGUAUUAAAAAUGUUAGUACCUUA